GAUGUGUACAUUUUAUUUCCGCCGAGGAAGAAGAAACCCGAGGAAAACAAUCACAAACCACUGAUGUUUGUUCAUUGCUUCUUGCGCGUUUACACAGUUUUUGACACAAUCGCGUAGUUUCUACAGAAGUGACACAAUGCCGGUGAUCUGUGCGGCGACAGGCUGCAACAACAAGUUCGUUAAAGGGUCGGAAAUACGAUUCUACAGGUUCCCACUCAGCAAACCUCAACUGGCCAGCAAAUGGGUUCACAGCCUGGGGAUGAAGAACUUCCUCCCGACCAUCAACACCUGCCUCUGCUCAGAGCACUUCAGGGCCGACUGCUUCAGGGACUACAACGGCAAACAGUUCCUGAGAGAGGACGCAGUACCCACCGUUUUCAUCGGACAGGAUUCCUCAAAGAUUGAACUUCGUAAACGAGGAGUUGUGCCGAAGGAGACGCCCGCUGCUCCUCAACUCGGAACGCAAGCGGACAGAGACAAAGCGAGAGAAGCUGCCAAUCUACGCAGAGAAAGGAGAGGAGGAAUGAGGGGAGGGAGAGGUGGCCGUGGAGGAAAACAUCUGUCCGAGAGGCAGUCGCUUGCAGCCAAAAGCCGAGUGUACGACAACAAAGGUCAUCUGCUCUCCAACGACAAAGACAUGUGUGACUGUCUGGACGUGGACUGCAUGGGCUGCUUCUACGCCUGCCCCGAGUGCGGCUCGCGCAAGUGUGGGGUGGAGUGCCGCUGCGACAGGAAGUGGCUUUACGAGCAGGUGGAGGUGGAAGGUGGAGAGAUCAUCCGGAACAAGUUUGCUCUUUAGUUGACGGUGACUCUUGGGUUGUAAAGAUGGAUCCAGAGGGAUUCUGGGAAACGUUCAGCUCCAGGUCAGUCUGGUUUACGGUCAAGACUCUGAAGCUGUGUAAACAGAUCUUCCACUGACAACACGUUCUGCAACGCUGCCCCCUGUGGCAGUAAACGGAACAGAACAGUGUACGUGUUCUGCUGGAUGUCAGAUGUGUUUUUUCUGGUUUUCUCUUUUCUUUGUCAGUUUUAUGUAACAACUUUUCUUAAUAAACUUUUAAUAUUUGA